UUCCGCUCAUACACUCUCCAAGUCGCCAAUGUAGGCCUUGCAAACGACUACAAGGACCGCACCACUGUCUUUCGCGUUCGUCUUGAAGGAGAACAGCUUUUGUUCCUUGCCCUUGGGAUCGAGGUCGCUGUGGCAUGGGUCAAGUCUCUGCUUCCGGCGAUUGUAAUCAGCGAUUCGCUAGAGGACAGGAAAACGCCCAAGUAUCCAAAGCUGCUUCACGGCAGACGA